CUCUCGGCCUCGGCCUCGCUGGUCUCCCUGGCGUGGAUGAUCGCCUCCUACCAGAAGGUGCUGCGGGACUCGCGGGAGGACAAGAUGCCCAUGUCCUACAAGGGAGCCGUGGUGCAGAUCCUGUGGCACCUCUUCACCAUCGCCGCCCGCGCCAUCGCCUUCGCCCUCUUCGCCUCCGUGUUCCAGCUCUACUUCGGCAUCUUCCUCUGCAUCUACUACAUCACCACGCUGCCGGAGAACGCCGCCCUCACCAUCCUCUGGUUCCUCUACUACGACCGCAAGACCACCUCCGACUUCGACGCCUUAAUCCUCGUCUGCGUGGUCAGCUCCAGCUUCGCCCUCGGCAUCUUCUUCAUGUUCAUCUACUACUGCCUCUUGCACCCCAACGGCCCCAUGUUCAACCCCCGCG